AGGAAGAAAUGUCUGGAGCCCGUUAAAUAGUUUAUUUUGUUUAUUAGUAAGUUUAUGUUAAUAUUUAAUACCACGAUGUAGCUGAAAUCUGAUAUUAAUAAUUCUCAAUCAGUUAAAAUUCGAUUCAAUUAGUUCGUAUCAAAAUAAAUCAAUAGUUUUAUCUUCAUCGUGAUUUAUUAGUUUUGUAUGAUCGUGGUUAAGCUACUGCAUUUAGUGAAGUCCUACCUAGAGUAAAGAUGGAUUCUACAUUGAAUGUAUCAAGAUCCAUGGAUAACUCCAUGUCCAUGAUUAAUCAAUCAAUAUCAGCCAAAGAUAGUUUAGAUCUAUCCGGCAAAAUGUUGGAUAGAUUUUUUGCUGCAGAUGACUCAUUUCCAACACUUGUUGAGAAAAUGCAGAUAACUAAAAGCAGUCAAAGUGUUAGUGGUUGUACUGAAUAUGAUUAUCCUAAAGAAGGGCUAGGAAUGCCUUCAAUUACUCCCCUUAAAUCAAGACACAAGAUACCACUACCAGGUGCAUUACUAGAGCAGUGGAAUGAUGCGCAAAACUUUCAUCGUAAGUUGGGAAUAUUUCCUAGCAUCAACCGAGUUUGGGUCACAAUUGAUCAAGAAUUCUUUUUAUGGGACUUUAGUGAAGGAACGGAUUUAUCUUAUUUUGAUGGAAUGAAUUCAACAAUUUUUGCAGUAGCACUGGUACCACCUAAACCAAAUGUAUUUCAAGCUCACAUUAAACAUUUGUUAGUCUUAGCUACUGGAUUAAACAUUGCAAUAUUAGGGGUAACAUUUAAAAAUGUUACCGGUAUUGAUGGCAAAACUGUUGAACAAUUGGAACUCACUACAGAUACCAUUUAUGAAGUUCCCACUGAAGGUGUAAUAACCUCUAAAAUAGUUGGAACUGACAAUGGACGCAUUUUUCUUGCAAGUGAAGAUGGUAACCUCUUUGAAAUUGAUUAUUGGAAAGAUUUGGGAUGGUUUUCAAUUGGAAAUGGAAGACGUUGCAAGAAAGUUUGUCAUUCAACCGGUACUUUAUCAUAUAUUUUACCAUCAUUUUUAACUUAUGCGAUCACCGAACCCUCUGCCAUUAUUGAAGUAGCUGUUGAUAAUACACGGCACAUACUUUACACAUUGACCGAAAAUAGUUCAAUUGAAAUGUAUGAUCUUGGAUCUGAUGGUAAAUCUACAAGCCGUAUUGUGUCUUUGUCACAUUCUAAUCUUGAGCACCAAGUUUCAAAACUGCUUAGAACUAUAGAAAUAGCUCAGAUGACUAUAUUGAGUAGUAUAAAAAUCAUUGAAGAAACUGAAUCACCUAACAUUCAUCUGUUGGUUGUAUCCAAGUCUGGAUUUAGAUUGUAUUUUUCUACUGGAGCAAUAACCUCCAGUAAUACUAGACCUUACACAUUACAACUUGUUCACAUACGUUUGCCACCAGGAUAUAAUAGAGUUAUUGGAGAAUCUAAACCGAGUAGUGUUCAGCACGUUUUGUACAACAGAGGCACUAUUAUAAUGGCAUGUAACACUGACAUAACUAAUUACAGGCCAAUGUUGUGGUGUAUAUCUCCCGAUGAAUAUGCAUUUAGUUCUAACUUCAGUGAAAGAUAUUUUAUUACUGAUUUGGAUAUGUGUCCUUUAUCGCUGGACAAUAUAGGUCCAAAUUUAUUAAUAUACAAUGACCCAAGCUCACCACAGCCACCACUCAUUGUUCGUCAACAAUUUGAAAAUCGCCAAGAAUAUAUAACUUUAGCUCCACAAGGUUUGGAAAUUUUUGAAAUGCUUCGGCCUUAUGAUACGCUUUGUGAAUUAUUGGCCAGCAGUCAAGGUUCAGAAACAGAUGCUAUCAAAACAUAUUUUAAAAAUUUCACAGAUAAUCAAGCAUGUGUGGCAUGUCUCACAAUUAUUUGUGAUCAGUCAUUAAAAAAUAUAAAGAUCAAAGAAUAUGCAACUCGUGCAUUUUUCACUCAUGGUGGUGAGCCUAAAUUAGUGACUGAAAAUUUACAUGAAUCACUUCAUGAAUUAACAAGAGUUCCUCAGAAUAAUAGUUUCAGAUCAAGUAAUUAUUCAACAUCAACUAUACCAUCAUGUAUGCCAACUUUUAUAAAAAAUCAGACAAAUAUAACACACUUACCAUUUGAAUCCACAAGUGUUCAGUACUCUUCGAAACACAAUGGAUUAUAUUUAUUUGUGAGUCGUUUACUGAGACCGCUUUGGAACAUUAAAGCUGUUAAUAUGGAAACCACUGAUGGGAAAACUUAUAUUGUCAACACUGUGUCUCCAGACGAUUGUUCAUUUGUUGCAAGCCAUUUGCAAACUUUGCACUCUUUCAUGAACAAUUAUUCAAAAAUGUUGGCAAACUAUACCAGAAUACCAUUUGAUGCGUCUAAACGAACAGCUGCACAGGACGCACAUCAAUCUGAAUCAAAAUCUAUAGAAUGUUUGAAACAAUUAGUUGUUCGUAGUGCUGAAGUGUUUAAUUUGUGGAAAUUACUCAGUGAACAUCAAUUUUUUAUUAUAGCGAAGGAAUUACUCGAUCAAGAACAACGUGUAUUGGAAAAUGUUACUUUUAAAGAAUUGAUCCUUGUACACCAAGAACUGUGUCAAACUUUGGUUCAAAAACUAUUAGACACAUAUUUAAAUGAAAGUUCAUCUGUAGAAUCAAUUAGUACAAAAUUACGACAAGUCUGCCCGUCCAUAUACCAUUCUGAAGACGCUGCUUGUGCAAAAGCUUCAGAAAUGAUUAAAUUAGCUCAAUCUACAGUCAAUGAGGAUGAGCGUAAACGAAUCCUAUACCAAUCUCUUAUGGUGUUGAAAGAAGUGGCACCAAAGUUUAAUUUAACUUCAGUGUGUUUACAAUACACAAAUUGUGCGUAUAUGGAAGGUGUAUAUCAGAUGUGUACAGAGUGUGCUAAAAAAAUUGAUCCUAAGAAUUUAGGAGGUCAUUAUUUUGUCAACAAUAUGGUAUUGGAUAGAGAUGGACCAGGUUAUGGUGCCUACAUGCUCAGAUUAGAUAUUUACAAAGAAAUAAGUGCAAGUUUAGAUUACUUAUACUCAAUCAUGGUGAAAAAUUCAUCUGUAUUUAUACCAACUCGACCAAAUUUGAUACCUGGAAUUCUAGAAAAUUCUGCACUAACUUCUGAACAAUCUUCUAAUUUGGUAUUGAUUUAAAUUAUUUAUACAUUUUUAAA